GUAACAUUGCUGGACCGUCUUUUGCGACAGUUGGGCAGUGCUACAUCAAGCAAAGCUAUGAUGGGCCGCUUAGACGAUGAGAAGGAAGAAGAAACACGCUUCUUAGUAUCUUGGGAAGUCUUUGCCAAGCAGUCUGAAACUUUCCUGCUUUUCUCUCCUGACUUGAACGUCACCCGCGCUCGUACUUUGGCGUACUUCCAGGAAGUCGAGCAGGAAGCCCAGGAGCAAGGAGCAAAGAUGAAGCACCUUUUCCAGUGGGAGAAAGAUGGCUGGGUCAUGGAGUUCCCAGACCAGGGGUCCGAAGCCCUUGCCGCAAAAAUGGCGAAGUGCUUGUACCGGAGGCGCAUCACGCUCAUCGAUAGCUACUUGGACAGCUAUUUCCCCGAGUUUGCGGCAUAUCGAGACGUCUGCAUGUGGUGGAAAUACUACCUGUGCACUGAUCCCAUUGUCUUCCGCUUCCAGCCCUUGGAGUUCUCAGAGGGUCACCUGCAGUGGGUGAUUGAUGUACAUCCACGGUGGCAGAAGCGGUGCUACAUCGUGAAGUCUUUCGGGCAGGGCAACCAGGCAAAGAUGCUUUUCCAAAAGCUGGAGAAACCGGUCAGGGCCUUGGCAAUCCAAGAUUUCUGCCUCUGGAAGGUGCUACCAAAGCCAUGA